UCGAAUGCAUAGAUGAAUACAGCUAAUAGAAAUAUGUCGAUUAGCAUUUUUUAGUGUGAACAUUAUAUUUUCAUUGGCUGUGCAGUGAGGGGGGUAGUUGCUUUCGAUGUAAACACGUGCCACCCCUUAAAGUGGACAGUCCAUGUACCCUUUUUAAAUUAGAGAAUCAUGCUACAUCAUUUUGCAUAAAAUAGAGCUUAUUUAUAAACAGUUUUAUUAAAAUCCUCAUAUAUAAAAAAAAUAAACUAAUAUGACAUGUUAUAAUUUGCAACACUUUCUAUAAGAUGAUUUAGAAGAAAAUACAACAUAGUUAUCAAAAUGGAAGUGUGGUGGUUUUCUCGUGUCGUAGCUCAUUAUCCUUAUAGCAUUUUGACAACAAUAUUCAUAUUUUCUUCAACAUGCUUAAUUGUUCCUUUGGCUGUCAAAAAAUUUCCUGAUUUCUCUGACCCACAAUUAGGAUUUGAAGCAAGAGGUACUGUAUUAGCACAACGGCUUAUUGCUUGGCAAAAUUUAUUAGAAGCAAGUAAACCAAGAGGACAACUGAUUGAUAAUCCUUUAGAAUAUUAUUAUUAUGUACAACAACGAAAUCAACAGAACUUACAGAAUCCGGUUAAUGUACAAAAUCAUACUUGGAUGAGCCAGGGUAUUAUUAGAAAAAGACCUAAGAAUAAAAAAAAAGGAGGAAAAAAAUAUCAGAAAGAAAUAACUAGUAACAAACUGAAAACAAAUAAGGUUGAAGGUGCAGUUAAAGAUAAAUGGGAAGAGUUGAUAGAGUUAAAAAAUAGAAAGACAUUUGAUAUAACGAAAGAUUACAAAGAUGAAGAUCAUAUUGACACAGAGAAUUUCUUCUGCAACUUACCCUCUUCUGCCUAUGCGCGUGUUAUCAUUGGUAGAAAUUUUGAAGAUACAAACUUAUGGUCAAUGGAAGGUGUAUUAGCACAGUGUCAUAUUGAUGCAGAGAUUCGUUCAAAUCCUUACUUUCCAUCCUUAUGUCAAACGCAAGGAGAAUAUAAUAAUGUACCAGAAAAAUGUUGCAGAAGUUGGUCACCAGCAAAUUAUGUUGCGCUUUUAUCUAAUCGAAGUUCCUGUUUAGGAGUAACAGAAAAUGAUCUCAAUCGUGUAGAAAUUCUAUUACAAAGAUGCGCUUAUUAUUAUCAAAAUCGUCGUUUGACGUCAAAUUGUGCAGAAGAUUUGAAUUGUCAAAGACAUGUCCCAUUUGAGUGCUAUAUGCAUAAUGCAGCUUACCAUUUGCUGCAUUAUUUAUUGGAUAUUGACUUUGUUUUAAAUCAUAAACAAAAUUCUCAAAAUCAAUUAAAUUCAACUUUGAAAUAUGCAAUGAUAUUUUUGCCAAUAGCUGCAAGCUCUGCCACUUUAGAUUUUUAUAAAGAAUUGAACAGUGGUGGCUUGUCUUAUGGAAAGUUUGGUGUUAAAGGAAUGCAAUUAGGUUUAAAAGCUACAUUAUUUGAUCGAUUAUUAGUAGCGGACUCGAUUUUGUUACUGACUGGUUUUGCUUUUGUAACAAUUUGCAUAUGGGCAUACACUAGUUCAUUAGUGGUAACUGUUGCAACAAUUAUCGCCGUAAUUUUUAGUCUUGGCAUUUCAUAUGCUUUUUACACUGUAAUUUUACAUGUAAAAUUUUUCCCGUUCAUGAAUCUAUUAGCAAUUAUUGUUGCUGUAGGAAUAGGCGCAGAUGAUGCGUUUAUAUAUUGUAAACUUUGGGAGAAAGGCAAAGCACAAAAAAUAUCUAAUGAUGGAAUGAUUAUUUUAGUGCAAGAAACUAUGAAACAUGCUAUUCCCUCUAUGUUUGUCACAUCUUUGACUACUGCAGUAGCAUUUUUUGCGUCAAUUGUUAGUAACGUUACAGCUAUCAAUUGUUUCAGUUUAUUUUCAGGAAUGACUAUUAUCGCUAACUUCUUCCUGAUGGUUACUUGGUUGCCAGCGUGCGUAGUCGUGUCAGAACGAUUUAGAUUAGGUGUUUUGUCACCUGCAAAUUUUAUAACGCGAAAAAUUAUUCGGCCUUCAAGAUUAUUUAAGGAUAGAAUAACAAAUAAUUUUAAUACUAUUCUUACAAAAAUAGUUAUUAAUUUUCGAUGGUACUGGUUAUUGAGUUUAAGUAUUAUAGCAGUGAUAUGUUGUAUCAUUGUAUUUCAAUAUCCAGGCUUACAAUUGCCCGAUAGUGUCGACUUUCAAUUAUUCGAUAGUUCUCAUCCGUUUGAAAAAUAUGAUUUAAUAUAUUCUCGAAAAUUCUGGUUUGAGAAGCACGAAUCAAUUGAUAAUGGAGAUGUAUUACCGCUUAGAUUUGUGUGGGGCAUAAAACCAAUUGAUAAUGGUAAUUAUCUUGAUCCUGAUUUAAUUGGUACACCAGAAUGGGACGAAUCUUUUGAUGUAUCAGAUCCAGAUUCACAAUUAUGGCUUGAAAAGUUCUGCCUCAAUUUGAGAGCUCAACCUUUUUAUCGUGGGACCUUAGGACCUUUACUUCCUAACUGCUUUAUAGACAGGCUACAUAAAUGGAUGCGAAGACGUUGCGAAGAUCCUAUCAAUCCUCGUAUCAAUUAUAUGCCAUGUUGUGAAAAAAGUACGUUUCCGUAUAAUUCUAGUGUUUUGCGACAAUGUGCUGCUGAAGCUAAUGCUGAGUUAUAUCGUACUCCCUCAUACUUGUGGGUUCGUAAUGGUGUUUUCGCCGGAUUAAAAUUUUUAAACGAACCAAGUCUUACCCAACUACAAAUAUCAAAUGAAACAAAUCUCAUACCAAUGCCACUACCUAAAAUUAGAGCAGUGGUAGUCGAAUAUGACAGUACAUAUAACUACAGUCUUUCCUUUUUAAGUAUGGAUCAAUUUUUUCAUGAGGUUGAAAAUUGGAUGCAAGAUCAGUUAAAAAGUGCUCCAGAGGGAAUGCGUGGCGGGUGGUUUGUUAGUAGAUUGGAAUUUUAUGAACUGCAACGAACAUUGUACGAAGGUACACUUUGGGCAAUGGGAGUUUCGUUGAUCCUAGCUCUCACAGUGUUAGUUUUCGUGACUUUUAAUCCACUCAUCAGUUUGUAUGCGAUUGUAACGAUCGGUGCAGCGAUUAUAGUAACAAUUGCUGGCCUAAUUCUUCUUGGUUGGAAACUAAAUGUUUUAGAAAGCGUUGCAGUGUCAACAGCUAUAGGUUUGGCUGUAGAUUUUAGUUUGCAUUAUGUAGUAAGUUAUAGGACAUGUGUUUCUAAAGAACGAGAGGACCGAGUAAAAACAGCUCUAACACAAAUGGGUGGUCCAACUUUAAUGGCUUGUCUUACAAGUGGUGUUGCUGGUGCUCUCAUGUUACCUUCGUGUGUACUGGCAUAUAUACAGAUUGGUGUAUUUUUAUUACUUGUUAUGGCUGUAAGCUGGAUAUAUGCUACAUUUUUUUUGUGUCCAGUAUUAGCAAUAAUAGGUCCAUCAUCUCAGUUUGCCCAGUUUCAGUAUCCAAGUUGCAGAUUAAAUUUGUUAUGGAGUUACUUUCGUAAAAGAAAGUCUGGAAAUGUGCCUGAUGAAAAUACAGAUAAUAACAGAACUAGAAGAAAGUUUAAGGGCAGAGGAAUGUGGUCAGAAUCUACUUUAAGUACAUCUAGUACAGUAUGUCAAUUUCACUGUAACGAAAUAGAGACUUUUACCACGAGACAACCACCGUCACCAUCACUACCUCCAUCUCCAACAUCGGCGUUACUUCAGUAAUAAAGGAAGUCAAGUAAUAAAAUAUAUUUUAAGCAGAAAAUGAUUACGAUGUGGUAUAUGCUUCUGUAAAUUUUGAAUUGAAAAAUUUACUUGUUUGUAUGUAACUUGUGUCUCAUAUAGAGCUAUGGUUAUCCGCGACUAAUGUGUCAUUGGCUGUGUUCAAAAUAGUUUAAGGUAAUUAUUUAUACAUUUAUCUAUUAUUAACAUUCAUUGGGCUUCCUACGUCAGUUAUGCAGACUAUAUGCAUUAUAUCUAUCAUGAUAUAAGCGAGGUUUAAAGUGCCAAGUAUAUUGCAAAUUGUUUUAUAUUUUACGAUCUCUUUUAGAUUUUACUUUUUUAGGAGGUUGUAGACUAUAUUCUGCGUUUGUGACACAUAGUAUUGAUAAAGUAUUAUACUAUUAUACUUGCAUUUGUAUGUUUAUGAAUGUAUUAUAGCUUAUUUUUUAUACAAUUUUUUUCUUUUUUAUAUUUGCUUUAAUGUACACACAGGUAUUUUUUACAAUAUGUAGAUCUUUGGAAUUAAUUGUUCCAUUCUUACUAACAAUAUCAUUUUUAUACAUAUAUUUAAAAGUAUAAUUUAUUUUCAGCUUUAAAUAUAAUUUAGUAUAUUUUAUUAUAUUAUAUUUUAAUGUAAAGUUAAAGAUUUCUUAAAAUCAAACUCUGUAGCGAACAAUUUUCGAAUGCAAGAAAUUCUUUUGAGUAUCGAUUAUUUUGCUGUACAACUUUCAAUUUUAAAACUUAUAAAACGAUGUGUGUGUAUAUGUGAUCGUAAUUAAAUUUAAAAAACAUAACAAAGCGUGCUGUUGUACGUAGUUUUGUUUUAAGAUUAUCUAUAUUUAUAUACUGUAUGAAGUACAUAUUGAAAGAAGACUGACAGACUUUUAUAAUUUUCAUUGGUAGAUUUUCUAGAUGUUUCAAAACAAUUUUUUUCGGAUUUGGUUGAAGUUUUAUAUAAAAUCUUAUCACUUACAUACAUUUCAAUUAUCGCUUACGUUUUAAAUUCUUAAUAAUCCGGAAUUAUUUUUGAACGAACAAUUUACUUUAUUCCUUUUAUAUUAUUUUACAAUAUAUUGAUCGUACUUAAAAAGCUGGUCGUUUAUAAAAACUGAUUUUCUUUUAAAUUGUAUUGUAAGUUAUUUGUAGUAAUAGUAAACGAAGUUCAGGCUUCACAAUUCAUUACUUAAAAAAAAAAGAAAGGUACAAAUUGACAAUUUAUGUAGUACAACUUCAUGCUUUCAAAGAAAUAAGAAUCUAUGAUACUGAAUGAAAUCGUAUUAGAAUUAUCACUAUAAUAUUAUAAUGCCUUGGCGAUCUUGAAUACAUUUAUAUAUGUAUCUAUGUAUGUUACACGUAUGUUAUAAUAUAGUGAGCUUGUUAUAUAUGUUAAAUAACUAUUUCGUGUUAACAUGUAUACUUGUUAAUGUUUUAUCCAGUAAAAUCUGUGAUAAGCACGUAAAUCUAUAUUAUGAAACAAAUACAUGUCAUCUUCUUUACAAAUGAUUAUAUCUCCAUA